AAUGAACUCAAACCUUUGUAUAUUGAAUAUCUUCAAACCCUUAAAUCGUGUUAACAAACAUUCACUGUUCGGAAAGAAACGAAACGUUGAGCAAUCGGCACUAUCAAGAAACGGAAAGAAGCUAGUUAAGAGAACAGCGGAUAAUGUUAACCCCACACAGAAAACAGAAUCUCACAUAAAAACUUCAAAAACGAAAGAGCUAAUCGAUGAAUUCAACUCUCUGCUCUCUGACUCCAAGAAUUUGGCAUCUUCAAAAAAAGUGAGCCUGUCCUCUCCAACUUCAGCAAAGGAGAAACCAGAAAAACCAAACAACAGUGAGCUUGGCAUCUCUACAGCAUUUACAAACGUUUCCGUAAGCACAAUCUACACGAUUGAGAAUCAACAGCAUCUCUCAAAAACUGUUCUUUUGACAUGCAGAGAAGACGGACGAGACUAUCCAGAGUACCGAAUGUUUAAGAUAAAGUAUGCUUUUUAGGCAAUCACGCUAAAGAAAAGGAUCGUUAUUAAGGUUUCGUACAACUUGCAGCGCUCCGUAAGUUCAAACAUUCCAAAAUUGGACAAAUGAAAUAUAUAUAAAUGCAAGUGGAUUGGUAAAGGGAUUAAGUAAUGGUAGAG